AUGACUGGAUUUUUCGAUGAAUGUGAAAAAUUAACCGAGAUAGAAGUUAUUUCUGAUAACUACAUUCUUGAAAAUGAUGUAGUUUAUAACAAAGAAAAGACAAGAAUUAUCUCAUUCUCAAUCAUAUCUCCAAUAGAAUCUUUCACUGUUCCUGAAUCAGUUAAAGCAUUAAAUGAUUUAGCAUUUUAUGGCACAAAGAAUUUGAAAAAUUUGACAAGCACUCAUUCUGUAGAAGUGGGUAAUGCAGCAUUCAUGAAAUCAUCUCUAGAAAAUAUUAUGUUGACUGAUCCAUCUCGAAAAUUUCAGAUAGGGGGGUUCUUGUUUUCAUAUUCAACAAAUCUUAAAUAUGUCGAAAUAAAUUGUGAACAAUUUCAAAUGUUUGACUUCUUAUAUUGUGUAAAUCUGGAAUACGUUAAAACCCCAAUUAUUCAAAUAGGCAAUGGAGUCUUUAUGUUCUGCAAAUCUUUAAUAGAAAUUGAUCUUAAACAUGUAAUAGAGAUUGGCAAUAAAGCAUUCUCUUAUUGCUCUUCAUUUUAUGCUUUUAAAGAUUGUAUUAACAUUGAAGAAGUUGCAUUCAAUCAAAUAUCCAACACAGAAUAUAUAUGCUUUGGAGCAUUUAAGAAUUGCAUUAGUUUAUCUUCUGUUUCAUUUCCUCCAUUCUUAGAUGCAAUUUUGGAUCAUGCAUUUGAAAAUACAUCAUUGAAAGAAUUAAGAAUUCCAACAAUAACACGUGUCUAUUCCCACGCUUUUGACAAUAAUAGAAAUAUACUUAUAAUAAAUACUGUUGUUUAUGGACAUGAAUUUAUUAUGUAUAUGGAUAGCCAUAAAAUAUUUUCAACAACAUUAGGUAAACAAAAUUCAACAUAUACAUUUCCAGAUGAAAUUGAUCGAGUGGAUGCAUUAGCAUUAAAUUCAAAUCAUGUUUUCAAUGAAACUAUUGGUGCUUAUGAAAAUGAUUUAGGAAUACGUACUCUUAUAGUACCUGAAUCAGUUCAUGAAAUUUCAAUUGGAGGCAUUUCUGGUGCCUAUAGGUUAGGAUCACAUUUUAUUGAAAAUAUUUGUUAUAAUGGAACAGAUUUACAAAUGUCAAUUCCUUAUAGAGAAGGAUUACAAUAUUUCAAAAUGUUUUUAUAUAAUCAAAUGGAUCUUGAAAUGCUUGAUGGAGCCAUUUCGGUGGAUCUUGAUGGGCCAUUCCCAUAUCCAAAAAUUUAUGCUCCAAAUAUGAUGAUUAACGAACCUUAUAUGUACGGUUUCCAAUAUGUAAAUGAACCAUGUCCUGAAACUGUAACACAGCCAGAAAAAAUAAUAAGUGAAUCAAAUAUUAUUCAUAAAAAGAUUGUUGUCAAAAAGGAUCAAAUAAAGAAUUCUGAAACUGCUUCUAGUAACAUCAAUUCAAAUACACAAAGUUCAAAUGAUCCGAUUAUAUCAAUUGAAAAUGGAAAUGCAUCAAAUAAUGAUUCAAAAUUAUCAUCGAGAGAGAAGAUAACUAUUGCAGUUUGUGUUUCUCUAUUAAUUGUUGUUAUAGUUUUGUCUGUCAUAUACAUUUUCAUCAGAGAAAAAACAUCAACAAUAUCAGAUGAUAGUGAUGUCUUCGAAAUGGCUGAAGAAACAAAACAAACUGGAACUGCAGUUACAUAUGAUAAUCCAUUCUUUUCAGCACAUGGAUCUCUGCAAGAUGAUCCAUUUGCAUCCGAUUUCCAAAAUGAUGAUGAACAAGAUCAAUAUUUCAGAGAUGGUGGUGUUGAAUAA